AAUUAUCUAAUAAAUAAAUAAUCUUUUCUCCGGAAUCAAGAAACAUUUUCUUAGCUGGAUUUAAUAAAUUUAUUUCAAGUCCGUAUUACAUCAAACAAACUGACAAACAUCACCUUGCUGACACAGCAACACACACACACACACACUGCCCGACACAUGCACACAGAGUACAAGCUAGCACACUUCUCUCUCUCUCUCCCUCUCUCUCUUGUUUCUCUCUCUAGAACGGAGCUCGAAGAGAGGGCCCUUUUUUUCUGUGUUGUCACUGUACUUCGUAAGAGAGACGUUGUAGAAAAAAAGAGUACCGUUGAAAAAGAUUCCAUCUUUAACAAAAAUUGAAUUUGAAUCAAACAAAUUAAGUUAUAGCUAGCAAGCAUUGAGCAAAAAAAAAAAGAAGAAAAAAAAACUAAGUGUGGGAGUUUUUUUUUUUUUUUUUAAUCGAUCUCUUACAUCAACUGUGGAUCGAGCAAAUGGGGAGUGGCGGAUUUGUGCAGCUUGUCUUCAUUUGUUUUCAGCUCUUCUUGUUUCUUGGCACAUGUAGAGGCGGUAAAAUCGGGAUAUGCUACGGCCGAAAUGCCGACGACCUCCCACCACCCGAAAAGGCCGUCCAGCUCAUCCAACUCCACAACAUCAAAUACGUACGUAUCUACGAUUCCAACAUCCAACUCCUCAAAGCCUUUGCCAACACAAACAUCGAACUCAUAAUCGCAAUCCCAAACUCCGACCUACUCCCCUUCUCCCAGUUCCAAACAAACGCCGACACCUGGCUCAAGAACACCCUCCUCCCUUACUACCCCGCCACCAAAGUCACCCACAUCACCGUCGGAGCCGAAGUCACCGAAGCCCCCAACAACGUCUCCUCCCUAGUGGUCCCCGCCAUGCAGAACAUAUUCACCGCCCUUAGAAAAGCCGCACUUCAUCGAAAAAUCAAAGUCUCGAGCACACACUCACUAGGUGUGAUGUCGCGCUCUUUCCCUCCUUCCGCUGGUGCCUUCGACAGCAAGCACGCGUUUUUCCUCAAACCGAUGCUCGAGUUUCUCGCGGAGCAUAAUUCACCGUUCAUGGUCAACUUAUACCCUUAUUACGCUUAUCGAGAUUCCACUUCAAAUGUUUCUCUAGACUACGCUUUAUUCGAAUCAUCUUCGGAAGUGAUUGAUCCUAAUACCGGUUUGUUAUACACCAACAUGUUCGACGCGCAAAUAGACGCGAUUAAUUUCGCACUCACCGCUCUCAAUUUCCGAACUGUCGAGAUUAUGGUGACAGAAACAGGGUGGCCCACAAAGGGUUCGCCGAAAGAGACUGCAGCUACACCAGAUAAUGCGCAAACGUACAAUACGAAUUUAAUUCGACAUGUGAUAAAUAACACGGGCACACCCGCGAAGCCAGGUGAAGAAAUAGAUACGUACAUAUUCUCUUUGUUCAACGAGAACCGGAAGCCCGGAUUGGAAUCGGAGAGGAAUUGGGGGUUGUUUUUUCCCGACCAGACGAGCGUGUACAAUCUUGAUUUCACGGGGAGGAGCGGGGGUGGUGCAGUGGACACUACUGCGGGGGGGAAUUUCACCGGGGGGUUGAAUAAUGGGACUUGGUGUGUUGCUUCGAAUAAUGCUUCGGAAAGUGAUUUGAGGAACGGGCUUGAUUGGGCUUGUGGGCCCGGAAAUGUGGACUGUUCGGCUAUUCAGCCGAGCCAGCCUUGCUUCGAGCCGGAUAGCUUGGCUUCGCAUGCUUCGUAUGCAUUUAAUAGCUAUUACCAGCAAAAUGGAGCUACUGAUAUUGCUUGCACUUUUGGUGGUGCAGGUUUUAGAACAAACAAGAAUCCAAGUUAUGACAACUGCAUGUAUAUGGUUUUCGGCACAAACAAGACUGCAGCAGCUAAUGCAACAAUUAGUCCUUCGAAAUCUUCAUCGUGCGUAAAGGCAAUCUCCAUAUGGAUUGCCGUUGGUUGCUUGUUGAUUGGUUCAUCGGCGUUUCUGUAAGAUUCGGUUCAUAUGAAGAAAAAACGAGCAGGGAGUUAUCCAACUAUAUGUGUAUGUAUAGCAGCUAGCUAGCUAUCUCUAUUCAACCCAAUUUUUGACCAAAAAAAAAAACACCAAGGAAUUAUUAUGUAUGAUAGCUUUAGUUAGACAAACCUUUUUUUCUAGGAUGAUAGAGCAUACAUAAGAACUAAUUGUAUGCUCGAGAUUUUAAUUUGUAUUCGUUGCAAUGGGAUUGAAAAAAUUGAACUUCCGAGUUGCGACUUGCGAUAUAAGCUGCAAACCCGUGCUAAAUUAGCUUAAAGGCUUUGCUUAUCGAAAUGGCGUUAUUGUAGUUUUUUGACAAAUGUUAUGUAUGGUGGAAUAGAUGCUUAAGAAUUAGAUAAAGGGUGGAGAAUCGUGUGUGUACAUGUUUCGAACGUGAUUUAUGAGAGGAUGGAAAUCGAUAUAUUUUCGAU